AAAGGCAGAGGGAGUCAGAGUGGGUAUACAGGGGAGUGGGAGCGCCGUCUCGUGGUGAUUAGCCGGGGCACUUCCAGAGCUGGAUUUAUGGCACGCAGCUGUUGAGUGGCUGACAGACGUGUGAGGGGCUCAAGCACUGCUGCUUCUCAAGCUGCUCGUACCAGCUCGAGCUCUGCUUACUGUUGCGUAGGAAAGAGGACUGCUGUGCCUGAACACACAACGCCAGCAGAUGGUGCGGGAGCAGUAUGUCACCACCACCCAGGGCAGCAGCUCGCCCAGGCCGGUGCCCGAACAAGUCUACAAGAUCGGCAUCUAUGGCUGGAGGAAGCGCUGCCUCUACCUGUUUGUCCUGCUGCUCAUCAUCAUCCUGGUGGUCAACUUCGCCCUCACCAUCUGGAUCCUCAGGGUGAUGUGGUUCAACACGGAAGGAAUGGGACUCCUACAAGUAAACUCAGAUGGGGUCAAGCUAGACGAGGGGGAGUCUGAGUUUCUUUUCCCCAUCUACGCUGAGGAGAUCCACUCCAGAGAAGACUCUUCACUUCUAGUGCACUCAUCGGAAAAUGUUUCCCUUAAUGCCCGCAAUGAAAACGGUGAUGUCACGGGGCGGAUAUCUGUGGGCCCAAAAGAGGCUCAGGGACACGCUCGGAAUCUGCUCAUUAACUCCCACAAUGACAACAUGCUGUUCACUGCAGAUGGCGACCAGGCUGUGAUUGGACCAGACAAACUACGAGUCACAGGACCUGAAGGAGCAUUGUUCCAGCAUUCAGUGGAGGUGCCACUGCUGAAAUCUGAACUGCUGAAAGACCUGAGGUUGGAGUCUCCUACCCGCUCCCUCAGUAUGGACGCGCCAAAAGGAGUUCAUCUCAAAGCGCUGGCUGGCAACAUCGAGGCUGCUUCCAACAUGGAUGUUAUCCUGCAGUCGAGUAUAGGGCUGCUGGUACUGGAUGCUGAGACUGUGCGCAUGCCGAGCCUGCCCCUGAGCGAAGGAGGGGUUUCUGGAAACGCUCAGGGUCUUUACGAGGUCUGCGUCUGUCCCAGCGGCAAGCUCUUCCUGUCCAAGGCUGGGGUCACCUCCACUUGCAGUGAGAAUCAGGAGUGCUAGAAAGACUCUGACAAGGUAAUCGAUUUCCCAUCUCUCAGUAGAUGCAUCUACUGGGAGGCAACAAGCACAACUGUUUAUAUCUGGCCUGAGUGUUUUUUUUUUUUUUUUUUAAAUCUUUAUACCACAGUGGGUCUGUGAUGAUCUCAGAGCUAAGAUCCCACUUGCACAUCAAGGCCUGUAAAAAUACAAAUGCCUGCUGGCGUACAUGUUGGAGAUGUCAUGAAAUGCAUCCUUUUAGUUGCAUUUAUGACCUUCUAACCAUUCAGCUGAAAGAAAUUGCUACUCAGUUCCAAAUUUAUCUGCAUCAGAGCUUUGUGGAGGAUUUUCUCUUUACACACACACACAGUGUUAUGGCUGGGCUAUGAGGAGCUGGUAACAGCUUACAUCCUAUGCAAUAUAUGUGGUGCAAUAAAUAGAAAAACAUGACACAUAUCAAGGGCUUGGAAUAAUCAAAUAUCUCUAAAAUGCAGACUGAAUGUUACUUAAAAUAUUUAUUUUGGUUUACAUACGUCCAUCUGGCUCCAAGCUCUUGGUAUGUAGGAGUUUUUGUCUUAGUGUUUAGCAUGUUUUUAUUUAAUUGGGAGGGGGGAGGGAGGAUGAAAAAUGCUGGUUAAUAUUUAGUUAUCAUUGUCACGUCAGAGAUUUAGAGGUGGAUUUAUCUUUUUUUUUUUCAAGCUCAGAUGCAACUAGGCAGCAGACUUGUUUCUUAUUUUGCUUUAUAGGUUUGAGAUGAAUAUACCACCAUGUUAUGGUACCAUAAAGUGUUACUAUUGUAAUUAUGUGUUUGGUUUUUUGUUUUCUUUUUACAUUUAAAAGAUUAUGUAUGAUUUGCCUGUAUUAAUUCUAAACCUCGCAUAAGCAUGCAGUUAGGCAUUAGCUACAAGACAGGAUUUUUUUGCAAGUAAGCUGGUCUGUGUUUACAGCCGAGGGUCUGUGACUAACAGAACAUUACAUCUGACCACUGCGACAUGGAAGCAACAACAACCCAUCUAUAAUACUGUAGAUUAGGAUUCUGAGUGAGAAAAAUAGUGGGAUUGUUGUUUCAGUUUUACUUUGCAUUUUGGGUCAAAUAUACUUUUGUUUUUACAGAGAAUGCAUGACAGGUCAUCAACAUGUGCAUCUGUAAGAUUUUCAUUCACUACGUCAAAGGGCAAUAUUUUGUAUAUUUCAGUUUAGCAUCAGACUGUUUAUAGCAUAAGUAAUAUCUCAUGGCGUUGCGUUAUCAUUGCCAGUAUUGACUGAAGUAGAUAUUUUGCAGUUCUCACACAUGUUCUGGCAUAUUUUGAUAAGGUGUGUAAUGUGUAUUUAUUAAUUUUGUAUGUUGAAUAAACUUUGUGCUAUUCUUUUA